CUCUCUCAUGGCGGCGUUUACUGUGAAGUUCAAAGGUCUGGACUCCUGUAGGUGAUCAUAAACGCUCAGCACACAUAAAUCCGGCAGUGGAGCCACUCGUCUAUACUGUAGUUUCAUUUUUACCACAUUUACAAACGCAAUGGAGCGAGUGGAAGUAACCAGUGUGACCCAUUCUCAGGGAGUUCGUAUGCUGUUCAGUUUAAUGACUCCUAAUGAAUCCUCAUUCGCGACUGUACGAGAGGUGCCGACUUAUGUCAACCAGGCCACGCCAUAUUUCAUUGGUUUGAUAUUAUUGGAGAUUGUGCUGGGAUGGUUAAAGGCAGAUGGCCCUCACAUCAAGAUCAACGACUUCAUCACGUCUUUGUCUGCAGGGAUGAUGUCCCGUCUGCCUCAACUUGUGAUAAGAAGUUUGGAGCUGUCAGCUUAUAUUUAUGUCUGGAACAACUUCCGUCUAUUGGAGCUUCCCUGGGAUUCAGCUUGGACGUGGUGGCUUGCGUUUCUUGGUGUGGACAUGGGAUACUACUGGUUCCAUCGAUUCGCCCACGAGUUAAACUUCCUGUGGGCUGCCCAUCAGGUUCACCACAGUUCUGAAUACUACAAUCUGUCGACAGCACUACGUCAGUCAGUCACCCAGCAGUUUUCCUCAUGGGUGUUUUACCUUCCUUUGGCACUGAUGGUCCCUCCGUCAGUAUUUGCAGUUCACGUUCAGUUUAACCUGCUGUAUCAGUUCUGGAUUCAUACUGAGCUGGUCAAAAAUCUUGGACCUCUGGAGUGGAUCCUAAAUACUCCGAGCCACCACAGAGUUCAUCAUGGGCGAAAUCCAUAUUGCAUUGAUAAGAAUUAUGCAGGAAUUCUGAUCAUAUGGGACAGGAUGUUUGGUACGUUCACUCCUGAGAGUGAUAAAGUUGUCUAUGGGCUCACACACCCAAUCAGCACAUUUGAAAUCUGGACUGUCGAGUUCCUUUAUUAUCCGUACCUAUGGCAGAGGUUCUGGGAAGCUGAAGGAAUUUCAAAUAAGCUGUCCAUCAUUUUUAAAGGGCCAGGCUGGACUCCAGGAAAACCAAGACUGGGAGACAUUGCUGAUAUACCCCAGCUUACAGGAGAGGAAAAGCCUCAUGAUCCUGCAUGGUCCCCUGCAAUGCAAGCCUAUGUGCUUAUACAGUUCAUGCUUCUGAUAGAUGUCUACAACAACUUGUUAAUGGAUCAAAUGAUACUAUCUGAGCUGAGUGUACUUCUUUUGACUGCCUACGUACUACUUUCUCUAACCUCACUGGGCUUCCUGAUAGAUCAGAGGGCUAAUGCAGCUGAAUUGGAGAUGCUGAGAUGUGUUUUGAUUGUGGCUCUUCAACGGUUUGGUUACAUUAAGCCUCUGGUGCCUCUGUUGGCUUUUCUGAUUGAAGUCUUUGUCUUAAUCUCUGCAGUCUACUGGAGUCUACAGUUUGUGAAUCAGCGGACUAACGGGAUGAAGAAACAAAACUAGAUAAAACAACCUCAUACUGAUGCAUUACGAUUCAAUGUCCUGCUCCGGUGACAUAUUUCAUACAUUUAAUCAUGAGAUUUGUCCUUUUAAUUUUACAAAAAUGUUGCUCUCACAAACUAUUCUCACUGAUUUUGGUUUGGCAUUGAAGAGAUGCUGUAAAAAGCAUAAAUUAAUAUAUUGUAAAGACAACAUGGUUCGUAGUUCUCAGAAUGGUACUCACCAGCUUAAAACUAACUUUUCAGACAUAAUCAACGCAUGAGGUAUAUUAAAUACAAAAGGUACCUAUUACUGCACCUGUAGUUUCAUCUGCAUUUGAAAUGUAUCAAAUAAUACAAGUACAAUAACCAGUGUAAUAAGAAUUUUUUUAUUAUUAUUAUACACCAGUUUUGUCACACUGCAUAGAAAAUAUCUGACCUCUUACUGAUAACAUGAAGGACCAACAUGCUAUUAGAUGUAUUUAAUUUUAAACCAAAAAAGACUGCUUGUUAGCUGUGGUGUGAGUUCAUGUAAUUGUACAAGUUACCACCAGGUGGUGCUAGCAGGAUCCGUAAAAAUUGUCCCCCGAUUUCAUUCAAUAGCCUACAUGUGUUUAUAUUGCUAUAAGUGUGAUAGCAUUAUAUAAUAAUUGCUGUUAAUAGUGUUCAUCAUCUGGUUGACUACGUCUUGUAUUAAUUUUCAAGAAAAUUCCUGUCAUAUGCACAUAAACUGACAGUCACCACUG